AUGGCUUACCCUGAAGGUCGCAAUGUCGAUGACAGCGUUGUCUUCCUGUGCUUGGAGGCCAGCGACCUCUUGCUGGAGCCGAUGUGCAGCACGUGGGAGCUCCAGCAGGAACUUGUGCCCUACGUCCUCUCGCACUCGCUGCAGAAUGACCUUUUCCUGAAGCUGCCGAAGGCUGAACGCCAGGCACAGGUCAAGAUCCUGACGCAGAGGAUCCUCAGUGGCGAAACUGGGCAUCCCAACGGAGAGUCCUCUGCGGAUGAGGGCACUGCUUCGCCGUCCACGCCAAGGGAUCCGAUGGCAGACGCCCUGAGCCCUGCGCGCUUUUGGGCGCAUCUGAGAAGCAAGUACGGCACCCGCUUGGGCUCAGUGUUGCAGCUGCUGCAACUACUGGAGCGGCUCCUGCAGCCUAGGCGGGUUGUGGUGCUCCGCUUCGAGGGUGAGGCGGCGAUGCCGACAGCGUCCUUACUCGUCCGGGCAUCCCAGCCCUGCGCUCAAGGGCCCACGAGCCAGGAUGCCUGGCGCAAGGAUUUCGAGUCCGGAAGCUUCUCCACCGCCGCUUUGAACACUUGGCUGCAAGAGGUGGCUACGGCGGCCCGUGUGCCCCCUCUGUGGUCGCGGCUCACCGAGGCGAAAGAAAGCCUCCAGGCGGAGAAUGUCUUUGCACUGAUCCUUUGUGCCCAGACAUCGUCCACGGAGACUGUGCCGGAGGCCUUGGCAGUGGCUGCACGCUCACUGUGCGCAUCGGCUCAAUGUGCCGGAGGCGAUGUUGCAACAGCAAAAGUGCCAUAUCUUUCUGCCGUGACCUUUGGAUCGGAUUUCAACUCGGAGCGCUUGGCGGCCCUGGAGGAGCUUUGUGCUUGGUCUGGUGGCCUCUCUUUCAAUGUAGCGGAGCCGGGUAUGCUGCGUCCUGCUGCAGAGGGCCUAGCGGCCCACUUGUUCACUCAGGGAGACGCUAGUGGCUUCCUGGAGCGACGCAGAUACUAUGCGCAGAAGCAGGAACUGGGCACUUGCUUUAUGGAGCUUCCGAAGAUGGUGAAGUACAACGAAGGCGAGGCUACCCCUUCCUUGACACCCUUGCAUCUUCACCGGAAGACCCUGGCGGGGCUCCCUGCCUUGCUACUGAAGGCUUCUGCGCAGCCCAUCGACUUUGCUGUGCCGUCAGAGUCGAUGCUGACCGUUCUUUCCGACGUAACCUUGGUCUUGGCGCAUCGUUGGUCUCGGUCCCUCAGAACCUGGAGGAUUCGGCGCGGGAUGAGAGAUCUCGUCUUCGGGGAGCCCGGAAGUAUUGGCUUGGACUUUGAAGAGCCUGUUCUGGAGGGCACCGAUGGCGCACUGACAUCCACCUGGAAGCUGCGUGCAACCCAUCCACCGGCCUCUGCGCUCAAGAUGGAGAACGGCUCCGAGCUCGUCGCCAUCAACCGCAUCCGCGUCACCGAGCGCACCCCCAGGAGCGAGGUGGCCCGCCGAAUCUCGUCGCGGCCUGUUUCACUGACUUUUCGGCUUCCCGCCUGUGCCAAGGUGGUUGACAAGAUCGAAAUUUUUCCGAUGGUUGUCUCGGAGAUCGUCGUCAGCGAGCUCCGAGAAGGGUUUGCACCAUUGAAGACGGCGCAGCCGCCCCUCAGCACUGCACUGCAGCGCGCAAAUGCAGCAAAGGCACGAGGCUCCCUCCAGAACUACCAGGCCUCUCGGAUUUUGUCCUCCCUGACCGACUGGGGCACCAUGCCUGGUGGUGCGGUUCCAGCCUGGGUGGAGCAUCUUCCAGCGGACAGCCCACUAGGUCGCCGAUGGACAAAGGCAGCUUCCAUGGACCUCUUCGCGAGGGAGCCAGGACUUCUCUUCCGCAUGCUGAUGUUCUGCGGCGAGGUGCAGACCCUCGCCAUGGCUGGGCGCAGCUGCUGCUGCUGGCGGCAGCUGCUUCUGGACACGGCCCGGCCCUCUCAGCGGGGCACCAGUCAGCCUCCACGUCGACUUUGGAGUUGGGUCCUUCGCUUCGGCCGGCCGCCGUCCGCUUCACAGCGUCUUGGCUUCUGGCGCUGGGCCACCAGCAGCCUCCCAGAGGAUGCCGGCAAUCAUCAUGCAGCCGCACUCUUGAGCAGAGCCGCAGCUGCUCGUUCAUCGAGCGAUGCUUCCAGUUCUUCGCGGCCGGAGCCAUCUCCUUCGCCGGAGGAAGCUCUCUUGGAAACGGCGGCCAGGGUGGAUGCCUUGAGCUUAGCUCGCCUCAGCAGCGGCCUAGCUGGAGGGGCACCCAGUGCGGAGGCAGCCCAGGCUACGGCCAGCGGCAUCGCUGCAGCUAUAAGCAGUGCACAAGGAACUGCUUCCAAAGACGAGAGGCUGCCGCCGGACAUCCUCGAGAGGCUCCUUAUGGAGCCCUGGCUCUGCCAAAGGCUUUGGCUCCUCUCCGAUGUGGCCCUGCCGUGGCUGGCUCUUCAGUGCCGUCAUUUCCAGGUCGCCAUAGCUGCACAUCUUCCCAACUUGUUCCGGCAUCUCAUGGGUGAAGGCCUCGCUCCGGAGCUCUUCUUCUGCCGGUGGCUUCAGGGUCUGUUUCAGACAUGUCUCAGUCCCGAGCUGCAGCUGCGGAUUUGGGAUCACUUCAUCUUCGAGCGCUCUUUCAAGGUUUUCAUAAAGCUGGCCGUCGCCAUCUUCGCUUCCUUGGAGAAGAGGAUGCUGGGACAGGACAUCGAGAAGAUGAUGGACCUACUCUUUGACGCCAAGGUGUGGCAAAUCUCAGACGACGACCUGUUCUGCGCGAUGCUGAACAUCAAGGUCACGCGGGCGAUGCUGAAGGGCGCGGUGUCUUAG